UGACACAUUUCCCACCGUAAUGCCGUAUGCGAAUCCGCUAUGAAUGGACCUCACCCCUCACCCCAUCUUUCUGUGGGCGGGCACCAUUCUCUGUUAACGCGGGUGCCUGGUCAACUACACAGCCUCCCUGUGGUGGUCUGUAAUAGGAUUGUCCCAGAGGAAGCGCGCACGGCGCUUAGAAUCUUCUGCACCGCCAUCCUAUUUUAGCCGUGAUCGCUUGCCUAGCCUUGUCCCUAUUUUUUAUUAUCCCAUCCUGUGCUGUCCUGGCUUGGGGAUUAGCCAUCGGACUGUUCUGCCUCGCUGCGUUUGGAUGUUUUACAUUAUUUUGGAUAAACCUUGGGCUGGUGUUGUGUUCACCUAUCCUUAUUCCGUACACUUGUAUGAACGCAAUGGUUGAUGGCAUUUACUUCCUUGCUCGAGUCUUUAAGGGUGACGCGGAAUUGCCUCAGCUUCGGACUCUGUUCACGCACUGUCGCGAGUUUUUGAUUAGUCCAUGGGAUUAUCUGGAGGACGCAAUUCACAAGUUUUUCGUUUAUUUGCGUCGAAUGCUGGUGGCAUUUACGCCUGCUUGCCUGCAAGAUCAACCCAUCACUCAUGAAAGGCGCAGACGUACCAACGAAAGAUCCCAAACACGCGUGAAAGGUAUACACUCCAAUAAUAGAGGCUCCGGAGAUAGAUCCGAUAUUACCAGAAAUAACUAUAAUGAUGAUGGGAGAAGGUCCGUAAGAGAAGCUCGACCGAGAGUGAUGCAUAAGAAAAGUGAUGUUAAACACAGAAGACAUCGGGAUAUUAUGACUCAAACUACUUUAUGUAGUGGAGUCCGCCUAUCAGUUCAGCACGAGAGGCCUGGUGACGAGGGCCCUGGUGAGGCUCCCUCCACGCUGUCCUACCUCAUACGCACUCUCGCUAUGGCCCUCGAUCCAGGCUUUCUUCUGCUUAUUGUUCUACGCGCGGUAUUGCGCUUUACUAAGCGUUGUGCACGCUUCUUGUUUUGGCUAGCUGACGAGUGUUCCUUGGGGAUCAUGGCUUGGGCCUUCCCAGAAUUGGCAGAAUACCUUGGGAUAGAUAUAUCGACUUCAGUUCCACUCACACCACGCGAGGCACCUAAGAGCAAUAUCCCAAACCUUGGGGACGCCUUCAAUAUCGCCGUGCAAGAGAGCUCGUCCCAGCUCGGCGACGAAGACGUGAUAAGGCACUGGGUACUUAGUCAUGGAGAUGUGGAACAAGAUGAAAGACUUGUGGUAUAUGAGGAGCGAAACGCAGGACGCCUAGUUGGGCAACCAAGGACCAGGGAAUGGGAGAUCAUGAUGGACAAUUUCUUCUCGUUGCUGUCGUUGGUCUUCUUUGGAGUUCUCAUCCCGUUCUGGUUCUAUCGCUCUAUGGGGAUAGUAUUUCUGGCGAUCCUUGGAGGACCGUGAAAUCACCCGAGAAGAUCGUCCUAAGAGAAUGAUGCCGGGACGAUAACCUUGUAACCACAUCCAAGCCUCAGUAAUUAAUAUGAUAUCAUUUUUUUUCUGCCUUGAAUAAAGAUUUUGAUGUGA